AACACAGUUGAAUUUGUUUACAAACGCUGCACGAUGCAAUUUGUAGCAAUCAGCUUCGUCUUGGCAAGUUUUAUCUGCCUUAUGGUAGAUGCAGAAGAAAGUCAGUGUCCCACUCCAACCUGUCACAUCACCUAUCCAGGAAAAACCAAAGUUGCAUUCUCCGCCAUGUCUACUUCAAUUGUGAGAAACCGCAACGCCGCUGUCGAUCUGGCGUUUCAAAAGACCCUGACAAAUCUUGGACGAGGCUUCGAUGACGUCUCCUCAUUCCGUGCACCGGUCGACGGAACCUACUUCUUCACUUUCGCUAUUCACAGCGGCGUCAAGAGUGCUAGAGUGUACCUGCGCACCAAUGCCGGCUAUGUGAAUGAAGCAUUUGGGUCCGCGGGCUAUCAUACCUCGACCAACCAGGCCAUACUACGUCUGCAGAAGGGAGACAGGGUGUGGCUCCAACAGCAACCGAAUGGAGCUACGAUUAGCCUUCCAGAGCACAUUCAUGUCUCGUUUAAUGGAUUCCUUUUGUAUGAAGAUUAACAGGCACGUAAACAAGCAGAAGAUGGCGUGCGCAAUUGCAAGUUCACACAUACACGCACGUUCACACACGCGCGCACACAUAAACACACAUUAGCACACGCUAACACACACGCAAAAUCACAUGAACUGUAUUAUGUCACGAAAAUAGGAACGAUAAAAAGAACUGCUGAAUAUACUCACUAAUGAUUAAAAUGUUUCCGUCUACCAAAUAACUAUUUCAUAAAACUGGAAUAUAUUAUUCUACUUCUACUUCUCUCUACUUUUUAGAAUGCAUUUCCAUGAAUAUAAUGGUUAUCAUGUACUCUUUUCCCGUUAACGACUUCUAGGACUACUUGUACGAUAUUUUUAUCCGCAAUAAAAUGAUGCAUAAAACGGUA